AUGGAAAAAUCUCAGCGAACAGUCAUUAUUGCGGGCGGAGGCGUAACUGGCCUUGCCCUGGCAAAUAUGCUGGAAAGACUUGGUAUAAACUAUAUCUUACUGGAAUCUCGCAACGAAAUUGCACCUCAGAUUGGUGCAAGCAUUGGCCUUCAAGCAAAUGGACUUCGAAUUCUGGAUCAACUAGGCUGCGCAGAGGGUAUUCUAUCUCUCUUUGACGGUCCGCUAGUGGAAAAUCCGCUUCAGGACAGAUUUGUACGGUAUCCCGAUGGCUCCAUAAUCAGGCAUUUCCGCAAUAUCCAAACACAACUAAAAAAGAGGCAUGGCUAUCCGACUAUCUUCAUCGAUAGGCAAAUGCUGUUACAGGUUUUGUAUGAAAAACUCGAGUCAAAAGACUCUGUGUACACUGGAGAAGCUGUCAGAUCUGUCGUGGAACUCGAAGACGGUAUCAAAGUCAUCACAGCCAAAGGAAAAGAGUUCAAGGGAGACAUCCUGGUCGGUGCCGACGGCAUCUUCGGCACCGUUCGACGUGAGAUGUGGCGCAUUGCAAAUAAGGCAUCACCGGGGUAUUUUCCUGAUAACGAGUGGUCACGUGUACCCUGUCACUAUAAGUGUAUAUUCGGCAUUUCGCGCCCCAUCGAGCAAUUGCCCAAGGGUGCCCACCCUAUCUACAACGACAAAUUCUCAUAUCUGCUCUUAAGCGGGCCAGGAGGAAAGUUCUAUUGGUUCUUCUUUGUUAAACUGCCUGUCCCUCUAUACGGCAAUGAUAUCCCACGUUAUACAAAGCUAGACGAGGAGCAACUGGUGGCAGAGCAUGCAUCUGAUCCUAUCACACCCGAGGUCACCUUCGGACAGCUAACCAACUCCACACUGACAGCACUUCACGAAUGGGUGUUUGAAAAAUGGCAUUAUAAGCGCAUUAUCACUAUUGGUGAUGCAGCUCAUAAGUUUGAGCCUUUAACAGGUCAUGGAGGCAACUCAGCCAUUGAGACAGCAGCAUCUCUUGUGAAUCACCUAACGGGUGAGUAUUCAAAAUGGAGUGUUAAAAACAUAGAAUCCGCUUUUGCCGCCGUACAGAAAGAGCGUUUCGAUCGAGUAAAGUGGCUCAUCGAUGAUGCCCACCAGAUUCAACAGAUCCAAGCUAUGGCAGAUCCUCUCCUGGCUGUCAUCGGCCCCCCAAGAGCUCGCCUUCUCAGCGAAAUAACUUUUCUAGGCGGUAGUAAGCUCGUUGGUGCCAUGAGAGUUAACGGUAUUCCUCUGCCUCCACGUGAACACACAGUCCCAUUCAACGACGAAUUACCCGCAAAACCUCUAUCUUGGUCCUGGCUACCCAUAGCUGUUGGAGCCUUCAGUCAAGUUGCGCUACUUCAAUUGGCGUCAGAGAUGCUUGUGCCAUUACAGAAACCGAACACGUUUGGUGGUGAGCCUUUGGCAAAGCAUUAUACAGGUAUUGAAACUCUGCACAAGAUUUUGGCUACAUCCGUAGCUAUUUUUGGAGUUUCCCUUGAAUCAGGCACAUCGACAAGGUUACAGCUGAUCUCCUUUACGCCACUGUCGAUGUCUACCAUUCUUGACUGGACUCUUGAAAGCCAUCGCGUUGGCUCAAAUGGUCUGAUCACUUCUUUGCAGGGCUCCACAGAAGAAUUCACGUCAAGACAUCAAUCGAUCACUAACACAGCGCAACAUAGCUCAUCGGUCUUUAUCAUCAUCUUCCAAGUCGCGGCAGUAGGACGAAUCGUGCCAAUAUAUCACUUGAUUUCAGCAUGCGAGCAUAUCCUUUGGGGGUCUAUAGACACAAUUACCGACCGCUCGAUCGAUGGAGAAGUAGUCAAAUCGUUUAUUCCAGGUAUAAUCUUUGGAUACAUCAUACCUACUGCACUGAUGCUGGGACCUUUUGAAGACAAGACUGCCUGGCAGAAAGUGAUUGCAUUGUGGCAGGGUGUCCCUCUUUACGUCGUUCUUUUCACCACUGUUCUUUCCACCGCUCUACGUAAGCAUAGAGUCAGAAAUGCGUCAAACCCACCCGAGUCAGAGAUCUCAAAAAAAAACCAAAAUCCAGACAAGCGAGAAUCGGACACGCACUCGUUGCUGAGAUGUGUGUACAUAGCGGGAACCGCAACUACAGCACUUAUACAUCUCUAUGUACUUUGCCGCAUCUCACGAACUUCAAACCUUAGACUCUCUGAUGUUUUCGGUAGUAUCGGAGCAUCUGACAUAUCUCCAUCUGAGCCAGCAGACAAGAUCUGCACAUUCUGGCAGCGAGAUAUGCUCUUGAAUGCCGCUUCAGUUCUUGUCAACAGCGUCUAUCGGAUUCUGGAUCUACGCUUUUUGGGCUAUAUUACAAACAAGGAAGCUUUAACAACUUCGGUGGCAGUUUUGAUCUCGCAGCCGGUGUUUGGACCAGCUGCGGCUCAUAUUGGAUUCCUUGGAUGGAGAGAAGAGGUUUACAUGAGAGUUCGAAGGCGAAUUAGUGCUAAUAGGGAGAUAAACGUGUUGUACUUUUGA